UGUGGGAGGUCCUUGAGGCCGCUGAGGUCGUUGGUGUCUGUUGAACGGCUCGUGGAAGUCGUGCUGCCUUGGGUAGGGCGUUAAGGUCGUUCUUGAGAGGAACGUCUCUGUCCGAAGAGAAAAUGAGUUUAGCUCUGAGAAAUGAGCUUGUGGUAGACAAAACAAAGAGGAAAAAAAGAAGAGAACUCUCUGAAGAACAGAAACAAGAAAUUAAAGAUGCUUUUGAACUAUUUGACACAGACAAGGAUGAAGCAAUAGAUUAUCAUGAAUUAAAGGUGGCAAUGAGAGCCUUGGGGUUUGAUGUAAAAAAAGCUGACGUACUGAAGAUUCUUAAAGAUUAUGACAGAGAAGCCACAGGGAAAAUCACCUUUGAAGAUUUUAAUGAAGUUGUGACAGACUGGAUAUUGGAAAGAGAUCCGCAUGAAGAAAUAUUAAAGGCAUUUAAACUAUUUGAUGAUGAUGAUUCAGGUAAAAUAAGCUUGAGAAAUUUGCGACGUGUUGCCAGAGAACUGGGUGAAAACAUGAGUGAUGAAGAACUUCGGGCUAUGAUAGAAGAAUUUGAUAAAGAUGGUGAUGGAGAAAUAAAUCAAGAGGAGUUCAUUGCUAUUAUGACGGGUGACAUUUAAAGAAUUACAAGGAUAAACACUAAGAAUGUUGCAGUUACAUCUCAUAUUCUAUUUUUGUGCUGGAGCCGUGUUAAAAAGAAACCCAACUUAGUUCUCUUUUUCCAAAAGGACCAAAAAUAAGUGUCUUAUGUAUUCAUAUUUUACUACUGUUAAUUUUCUUUGUAUGAGCAGUAUUGUUAGCACUCUAAUAGUUUAGCUUUGUAUUUAUAAUAUAGCUUUUAUAUAUAUAUAUAUAUAAAAUUUAAAAAAUUGAAUCACGUGGUACACAUUCUCUGAAAGUUUUUUAUUCGGCAUCAGUAGUCACUUUUGUUUUGAUGUACACAUUAUGCAGACUUUCAUUAAUAAAGUUUUUAUUUUAGUAGUACUUUAAA